AUGGACGAAGAACAGUGGAUGUAUGAUAGUAUUAUAUAUGAAGAAGUUGAUAUGAAUGUUGAAAAUGAGGAAGAUGCUGGCAUGAAAGUAGAACGUGUUGAUUGCUCUGAUUUGUUUGCUAGUUGUGAUGAAGUUUUACAUUGGACUCGACCGAUGACUCAUGACAUUGGAUUUGUUGUCGUGAUAAUGACGUCAGACACCAAUACUGGUGUUAGAGGCAGAGCCUUAUUUCUGUUAAUAGCUUGCGAAAGGAGUGGUGAGUAUAGGCCUAAGAAGAAUGAUUUGGUAAGAACAUGUACUGAUAGUGGAAAAUGUGGAUGCCCAUUUAAGUUGCGUGUGAAACCAGUUUUGGGAGGAGAAGGAUGUAUGGUGAAGUUAAUUUGUGGGGUUCACAAUCAUGAAAUGCCAAAGUUAUUAGUUGGACAUCCAUAUGCAGGUCGACUAACUAAAGAUAAGAAGAUUGUUGUUGUUGAUAUGAUGAAGUCCAUGGUGAAGCCAAGAAAUAUUCUUUUGACGUUGAAGGAGCAUAAUGCCAACAGUUAUGCAACAAUCAAACAAAUUUACAAUGCCAGACAUGCUUACCGUUCUUCCAUAAGAAGGAGUAACACUGAAAUGCAACAACUCAUGAUCCUGCUUGAUUGA